AUGGAUGAAAAAGCAAAAGCCCCUGAAACGCCGGACAGUAUUGCCGCGUUAGAUGCACCAUCGCAGUCUGAUCUCAACCCCAUCGAUCAUGGGGUGGUCUGCGACACCUCAGUCGACAAUAAGACCACCAAGACACAUCCUCAGCCAACUUCCGAUCCUCUAGACCCGUUGAAUUGGAGCAAUUUCCAGAAGCAUCUGAUUCUGAGUAUUGUGAUGCUAAAAUAUUUUCUUUUCACUUAUAUAACGACGACAACCGUUCCAUCAUUCGCUGAAAUUCAAGACCAGUUCAAUAUCAGUUAUUCACAGGUGAACUGGACUGUUGCUAUUCCCGCCCUCGGUCUUGCCGUUGGUCCGCUCUUUUGGUCAUCCUUGAGCGAUAUCUACGGGCGUCGUCUUAUAUUCAUUAUUGGAACAAUUGUUGCAUUGGUGUCGACGAUUGGAGUCGCUGUCGCAGAUACAUAUGGCGGUUAUAUGGCUGGGAGAUUCUUCCAAGGGUUCGGUGUUAGUCCUGCAUCAACUGUAGGGAUGGCUGUUGUAAAUGACCUGUUCUUUGACUAUGAGCGCGGGCAAAAGCUGGGCCUAUGGGUUUUGGCGAUUGACUCAGGUCUUCUCCUUGGCCCCACAUUUGGAGGAUUUCUCAAUCUUGUCAGUGCUGCGUGGAUUAACUGGUUCAAUGCUAUUCUAUUUGCAGCACUCUUGGUUUUAGAACUAUUCUUCAUGCCAGAGACCUUGUAUCCGCGCAACCUCAUGCUCCAAACCAUGCCAAAGGGUGUGAUUGUUUCACCCAAUGACCCGGAAAAAGCUUCUGGGUUUUUAGAACCAAAAAAUACAGAAAAAACAAAGGAACCACCUAAUCCUGCACGAACUAAGAAGCUUAUGUUUAUUAAUUACCGCCCUCUCCCUGGAAUCCGCCAUCCUAAGCCAUGGGACUCGAUCACCCGCUUUAUCCUGACAUUUAAGAGCCCAGCCGUCGUUAUAUCAAUCAUAGGAUACUGUUUCCUCUGGUAUUGGUGGGUAUUGUCGGUGAUCACAAUGGUACCAGCCGCAUACCCAAACUACUCGCCUUUAAUCCAGGGCUUGCUAUUUCUCGGCCUAUUUCUGGGCACAUUAACCUCAGAAAUAUUCUGCUCUGGAAGACUCAGUGACUAUAUAGUGGAAAAACUCGCAAAGAAAAAUGGAAAUAUACGCGUUGCAGAGAUGAGGCUGUGGCUGGCAUAUCCGGCGAUGCUUCUAACUGCUGUCGGUAUGAUCGUUUGGGGAGUUAGCGUCGACAAGGGCUAUCACUGGAUAGUGGGCCAGAUCGGACUUUUCAUGUUCGCCGCCGGUAUCCAAAUAGGCAAUACUGUUGUAAGCAGUUACAUCGUAGACAGUUAUCCUUUACAGUCUAUGAGUGUAGUUACCUUUUAUGCCGUAUUCCUCAACCUGAGUGCAUUUAUUGAUCCGUUUUUUAUUGCAAAUUGGCAAGCAUCUUCUGGAUGGACCUGGUGCUUCACAGCCCAGGCUUUGGUGACUCUAGUCGGUGGCACGCUGGUAUUUGGAUCUCUUCAGGUGUUUGGAGGAAUGAUGCGCGAUAAGGCACCUCAGCCGUCAUGGGUGAAUCCAGAGUUCGAUUCAAGUGUCUAAAUGUACAUUUUAUAGCAUCUAUAGGCUAUAAAGCUUAGUUCGUGAGUAGAAUAAAAGGAAUUAAUUUGUAUCUAAUCAUAUAAGUGGCGCUGUUUUUGUAGCU